AUGUCGUACACAGCAGCCAAAGAGCUCGGCAACGAGACCGACAUCCACCGCUUCGCCUGCUGCUUCCUCAACUCCGAGAACACGCAAGCCGUACGCAUCUCCCCUCCCCCAAAACCCACACAUCACUCAAGACAGCUAACCAUUCCGUCACCACAGGUCAACUGGGACGCCGCAGCAGCGCAAUACGACCCCAAAGUCAAGACCGCCUCGUUCAAAACCGUCACGUUGCGCGCUCUGAAGAAGGUCGAGGCGGCUGCUAAAGCGAACGGCGCGACUAUCGGUAACGGGGCGGAGGUCAAGGAGAAGAAAGCCGCUGGUGGCGCCAAGGGGGCCAAGAAGCGCAAAGCCGCUGAAGUGCAGGAGGACGCUGAUGAGGAGGCUGCUGCGGCCGAGACGACUGUCGCGAAGAAGGGGAAGAAGGGCGCUGCUGCUAAGCGUGGGGGGAAGAAGGGCGCCGCUGUUGUUGCUGCUGCUGAUGUUGAGGAAGGCGACGGCGAGGAUGGAGAGGCGGAGGGGGAUGCUGGUCGUGAGGUGUCCGUCAAAGCUGAGGAGGAGGGUGAGGAGGGGGUGGAGGAUGGGUCUAAGUAG